AAAUUCGAAAUAAUCGAAGCGCAUUUAUGAGAACAACAUAGCAUCUUUCGUUCUGAACGCACGAUUGGUCGGUUUCUUCGAGUACACAUUUAUGCGGCGACGCAACUAUCUGACCAGGCAUCUCUAACCUAUCACGCGUAUGUUCGUUGGCGGAGACGUCCAGGUAAACGUGUUUGACGUUAAGUAACGUUCCAGCGUCUUCGUGAUCGUUUGAUUGAAUGCUUCGUCCACGUGUCCGAGAGUGUUCAAAGCGGCGGAAUAUCACAGAAAACCGGGAAAAUGUUUAAAAAAUUCGACGAGAAGGACAAUGUUUCUGGUGUUCAACAAUUAAAGUCAUCCGUGCAGAAGGGUAUUCGCUCGAAACUUCUGGAGCUCUACCCUCAUCUGGAUAGUUAUAUAGAUGUUAUAAUACCAAGGAAAGAUUCCUUUCGCAUUGUAAAAUGCCACGACCACAUAGAGAUCAUAGUGAAUGCAGCGGGAGAAUUGUUAUUUUUUCGCCAACGUGAAGGACCUUGGAUGCCAACUUUGAGAUUACUGCACAAAUAUCCAUUUUUCCUGCCAAUGCAGCAAGUCGACAAAGGUGCUAUUAGAUUCGUUCUUAGUGGUGCUAACAUCAUGUGUCCUGGUUUAACAUCAAAGGGUGCGAAGAUGAUGACUGUGAAUAAAGGAACUGUCGUCGCUGUUAUGGCAGAGGGCAAGCAACACGCGUUAGCUGUCGGAGUCACCACGCUGUCGACGGAAGACAUUAUCAAAGUGAAUAAAGGAGUUGGCAUCGAGAACUGCCACUACUUGAACGACGGCCUUUGGCAGAUGAAGCCGAUGAAGUAAGACUGAUGGUACCGAAGGUAGGCCGAAGGUAUAAUCGGAGAAUCGUAUCGCAUAAUACGACGUUCUCUCAUACACUAUAUCUCGCAACUACGAAGUAGAGCCAGCGCAUGCUGCCGUCACCACGCAGAACGACACAUCUUCGUGAAUGUACAACACGGUGUUGCGGGCCAUAAUAAAACUAACGAUUACCACUACAUUUUUACCAUAUAAUAAUAAAUCCAACUGGAUACGUUAAGUUUUCCAAUGCGGGAUUCACAUUACGCAUUCGAUAUGGUGCGAAUUCCCGCACAACCUAAAGAGACAUACAGAAUACAGUAGGCGCAAGCAAAAAUCGCACAUACAUUGUGUCGACAAGGGCCUUAAGUCUAUGAUUUGUAAAAUAAAAAGCAAGAAACCGAA